AUGAUGUAUUUAGAGUGCGAAAUUGCUGUCGUACCCGACCAAGAGAGACAUAUUUUGGAAGUUUUUUCUCUUGCGCUCCAUGUGUCAUUAUUGAGUGAUGUUGGACUGGGUCAUACCCUGUCUCCAGGAAGUCUUCAGCUACAGUGUGACAGAGACGAGGUGAAUGGGAUCAUUGGGGGAGUUCUGGUGGUCAUCUGUCAGUACCAGACGAGUCGGUUCCUGUUCAGCAAAAAGUACUGGUGUCUUGGGGAGUCCAGAAGCACGUGUGAGAUUCUGAUGGACACUAAUGGCUACGUCAGAGCAGAGCUCAAUAAUCGCUUCAAGAUUCAGGAAGCAAAUCGAAGGGGUUUGCUCAUCCAGAUGGCAGACCUGCAGAUAUCAGACACCGGGGUGUAUUGGGUUGGUAUCGACAAGAUAUAUUCCGACAUUAUGUAUCGGAUCAAUAUAAGGGUGACUGAAGGUAUGAGGUCGGUCUCUUUCUUCACCCAAACAUCGAAACUGCAUACAUACCAGAGCCCCGCCUUGUCUUUGUUUAUUAUGAAGUUUGGCCAUGUUGAAGGUGAAAUCUGUUUCUCAGUAGCGGUAUCUGAGCCCAGAGUGUGGUCGCUGAGUCCUCCGGAGAUGUCCUGUUGGGGGAAGCCGCUGACUCUCCACUGCGCCAGUGACAGAGGCACGCGGAUUAAGUACGGCUGGUUCCGAGCCACGGGGUCCCACCCGGUAAGCAUGCAGGACUCAUCAAAUCUGCAGCUCCAGUGUGGCUUUCUGACAGAGGACGGGAGGUACUUUUGCACAGCCAGCAACAGCCUUGGCAACCGGAACAGUCAAGAUGUGACCGUGCAGCUCCUGCGUCCUGCCAAGGUGGACUGCAUCUACAUCCUGGGCAUCCGCGGUGACAACCCGUACGACUGCAGUGAGAGACUGAGGACGACAACUGCUGCUCCUCUUGAGCCCACUGACACCACAGAUGGCGACAAAAGUUCUCUUACCACCUCUGGCCUUAAUGUCACCAGGACUGAUCGAGAGCUGCCCUUGUGGUACCUGAUUCUCCGGUGGCUGCUGUUUGCCGCCCUCCUGACGGCCCCAUGCCUGGUUCCGUGGCUUUUCCAAGUCCUGAACAGGCCCACUCCAGCCAGAACCCCCAUCUCAGUCCUGCCCAGAUCCCGGAAACAUACCGAUGUUUAUUAAAUUCAAUAUUUUUUUGUAAAUAGUUUUAUAAAUUACUGUACAGUGUUAGUAUUAGAGAAACACGAAAAUGCACCGUUAAAGAAAAUCCUUUGCUUACUGUUUGUUUCUGGUUGAUCUUGACAUAAGGUCAAGCAAAUUAAUCAUUCAUUAGUUUAUUUUGUAUUCAUGGCAACUGUUACAGCGUAUUGUGGUCUAGCGCAGAUUGUGGGUCUAUUCUCAGUAUUGUGGCAAUGUUCCAUGUGUUAUAUGUUAUAAAAAGCCUGAUAUCGUGUGCUUGAGUAAUAAAUUACACAUAAAAUUAAAUAACAGUUUAGAUUUUCAUGGUAAUAAUGACUUUGCAUUAAAAGUCAGAUGCGUCAAAACACAUCUUAUUAAACCUUCUGUUAUAUCCUCUGUCGUUGGAAAACAUAUUAUACAUUAUGCUAUGUAUCAUCCGAUUAUACGUGUUCCUGUUUAUAUUAAAACUUAUAUGUGCUUUUAUUGAAAAUCAUUAUGCAAAUUAUAGGUCUGUUUUGGAACUGUGUGCGCAGGAACUAAUUACACGCAUUAAAAUUUCAAUACAGAAAGUACCUUUCAUCAUCUGUUUAUAUGUUCAGAAUAGCGAUUCCCUCCUUCGUGACUUAAUUUUACAAAUGUUUGUUAUUUUUGGUGCAAAAUAUA